CGCGCUCGGGCUGGGGCUCACGGAGACCUGCUCCAGUGCUUCUCGGACCUGCAGACAUGGUUUUCGAGUCUCUGGUCAGUGACCUGCUCAACAGGUUCAUCGGAGAUUAUGUGGAGAACCUGGACAAGUCCCAGCUGAAGAUCGGGAUUUGGGGAGGAAACGUCGUCCUCCAGAACCUCAAAGUGAAGGAAAAUGCUCUGAGUGAGUUGGACGUCCCCUUCAGAGUGAAAGCUGGACAGAUUGGGAAGCUGACCUUGAAGAUCCCCUGGAAGAACCUGUACAGCGACGCCGUGGUGGCCUCGCUGGACGGCCUGUUCCUGCUGGUCGUCCCCGGAGUCACCAUCAAGUACGAUGCAGAGAAGGAGGCGCGGUACCGGCAGGAGGCCAAGCAGCGGGAGCUGCAACGCAUUGAAGAUGCACUGCAGAGAGCAGCGUGCAGAGCGGCUCACUCUGAGGAGCUGCUCUUCAGUUUGGAAAGGGUUGUUAACCAGGGGUCACAUGACGUCCCGAAAGGACGUAAGAAAGUUAAAAAACAAAAAAAAGGCUUGAAGAAGUUCAAGCGACGCGACCCCCCAGGAGACGCCCCUUCAGAGGAGAAGAAGGACUCGUUCGUGGAGAAACUCGCCACUCAGGUGAUCAAAAACCUGCAGGUGAAGAUCAGCAGCGUCCACCUCCGCUACGAGGAUGAUCUGUCAGACCCACAGCGCCCCCUGUCCAUGGGAAUCACACUGUCAGAGCUCAGCCUGCAGACCACGGAUGAGAACUGGAAGCUGUGUAUCCUGAACGAGGCUGCAAAGAUCAUCUAUAAGCUGGGCCGUCUGGAGGGGCUCUGUGCCUACUGGAACGUCCACAGUCCAGUGUUCUCCAGGGAGUCGUGGCAGGACAUCGUGGAGCAGCUGAGGGCUGGGAUCAGCAGUAAGGACCAGGGUCUGCCCCACUACCAGUACAUUUUCAAGCCCAUCUUUGCUUCUGCUAAAAUGUGCCUGAACCCGAGCGCUGAGCUGGAGCUGAAGAGUCCGAAGGCCAGCCUUCACCUGGAGGUCCAGAACAUCGACAUUGAGAUGACGAAGCCUCAGUUUGUCACCAUGAUGGAGCUGCUGGAGUCCAUCGACCGCAUGGUGAAGAACGCCCCCUACAGGAAGUUCAGGCCCGACGUCCCGGUCCACCAGCACGCCCGGCUCUGGUGGAGGUACGCCUACAGCAGCAUCCUGGAGGUCCACAUUCAGCGCUCCAGGCGGAUGUGGUCCUGGUCCAGCAUCAGGCAGCACCGGCUCAACUUGAAGGCCUACAAGACCGCCUACAAGACCAAACUGCUGUCCCCCAGCAAGGCGGGCCCGGAGACGGACAAACAGGUCCAGGACCUGGAGGAGGUUCUGGACGUCUUCAGCAUCACUCUGGUCCGGCAGCAGGCCCACAUGGAGGUGGUCCGGUCGGGACAGAAGCUGGUAGGGAAGAAGACAGGAGGACAGAAGACAGGAGGAGGAGGAGGAGGAGGGUUCUUCAGCAGCUGGUUUGGGAGGAAGGGGAAGAAGGAGCCGGAGGAGCAGAGCCAGGACUCGGAGAGUCCAGGGCUGGAUCAGCUCAUGUCUGCCGAGGAGAAGGCCAAGCUCUACACCGCCAUCGGCUACAGCGGCAGCUCCCACAGCCUGGCCCUGCCCCCCCAGUACGUUGCCGUGGUCGUCAGCUUCCAGCUCCUGAGGACGUCGGUCACCAUCCGAGAGCGAGAAGACGUCCCAGAGAUCCUGAAGAUCCAGAUGAUCCACCUCGGCACCAAAAUCUCUCAGAGACCCGGAGCGCAGGCUGUCAGGCUGGAGGCGGCGUUGCAGCACUGGUUCGUGACCGGUCUGCAGCAGCGGGGCGCCGUGCCCUCGCUCAUCGCCUCGGUGGGCGACUCGUCUUCGUCCCUGCUCAGCGUCCUGUUUGAACUGAACCCCGAGGACAGCGCCGCCGACCAGCUGCUGCGAGUUCACUCUCAGCCCGUGGAGAUCAUCUACGACGCGCUGACGGUCACCAGUAUGGUGGACUUCUUCAAAACAGGGAAGGGAAUGGAUCUGGAAGUGCUGACCUCGGCCACGCUCUCUAAACUGGAGGAGAUCAAGGAGAAGACGGCCUCAGGUUUGUCUCACAUCAUUGAGACCAGAAAAGUCCUGGACCUGAGGAUCGACCUGAAGCCGUCCUACCUGCUGCUCCCCCAGUCCGGCUUCUACUGCCCCUCUUCAGACCUGCUCAUCGUCGACUUUGGCAGUUUCAAGGUGACCUUCAGCUCGCUGGACAUCGUCCUCCACACCGAGGCUCUGCUCGCCACCCUCAGCUUCCUGUCCACUGUCCUGUCCUCGGGAGAGACAGCUUUUAAAGAGAGGGACGCCCGAGAGAGGACUGAAGACAAGUCCCUGUCAGCCAAGUCCACUGCCUCGGUGCUGGACUCGGACUCUCAGGUCAUCAAUCUGAAGGUGAUGGUGACUCUAGGAGCCUUCAGCGUCCUGCUGUGUGAUCAGACCUGCACCAUAGCCGACAUCAAAAUCCAAGGUCUUAAUGGGUCCUUGCUGACUCAGGGACCUCAGACUCACAUUUCAGCACGUCUGCAAGACUUUGCUGUUGUCAACCUGGAUCCUAAAAGUGUCCACCAGAAGGCCAUCUCCAUCGUGGGAAAUGAAGUCUUCAGCUUCACCAUGAGUCUGACCCCGAACGCCACGGAGGGCCCCGGCUACACAGACACCUCCAGGACCGAUGGGCGUGUCAAGCUGAACGUGGGCUGUGUCCAGGUGGUCUACCUCCACAAGUUCAUCAUGUCCAUGCUGAAGUUCACCAACAACUUCCAGACGGCUAAAGAGGCUGUGAGCGCUGCCACCGCUCAGGCCGCCGAGAAGGCGGCGUCCAGCGUUCGGGACUUGGCCCAGAAGAGCUUCCGGCUGCUGCUGGACAUCAGGCUGAAGGCUCCGCUCAUCAUCAUCCCGCAGUCCUCCAGCUCCCACAAUGCUCUGGUGAUGGACCUGGGGCUGAUCACGGUGGGGAACAGCUUCUCUCUGCUGGACGCUGAAGGCUGUCCUCUGCCGGCCAUCGUCGACAGCAUGAAUGUCCAUCUGACUCAGCUCAAACUGUCCAGGACUUACGUAGACCUGGUCUCUGAGCGAGCCAGCACUGAGCUGCUGGAGCCGGUCAACCUGCACCUGAACAUCAGGAGAAACCUCUCAGCUUCCUGGUACAGAAAAAUGGCUGCUGUGGAAGUGGACGGGGACCUGAAGCCGAUGAAGCUUGGACUCAGCCAGGACGACCUGAAGGUUCUGCUCAGAAUCGUGACGGAUAAUCUUGGCGAGGCCGGAGACCCGGAUCCCAGAUCUCACCAACAAGAGUCCAACUUGCAAGCACAAGUAUCCAGUGGACCCCCGGCAGGUGAUGCUGGGAAGUCGGCGACUCUCAGCGGUGACGAAACUGCUGAAGCUGUAGAAACAGUCAAGUUCAGCUUCAGCGUGGAGUCUCUGGGUCUGGUUCUGUACCACGACCGCCCCGAAGAGCAGCAGCGGGACCGGCGGCUCGGGGAGUUCGUGCUGCACCUGUUGAGGUUCUCAGGGAAGAUCCUGAACGGCGGCAGCAUGGAGGCCGGCGCCGUUUUGACCACCUGCACGCUGGACGACUGCAGAGCGGACAUGGAGAGGGCCACGUCACGGAUGGUGGGCUGCAGGGACCGGGGAGCCUCGGAGGCCAUGGUGGAGGUGUCGUACCGGCAGAGCGCGGCGGAGCGCGGCGUGGUCGCCGUCCUCCAGAAGCUCCAGCUGUGCGCCAGCGUGGAGUUCCUGAUGGCCGUGGCAGACUUCUUCCUGCAGGCGCUGCCCGAGACUCCGCCUGCUUCCGGACCGUCCGCAGCCAGCGAGCGACUGCAGCUCCGGCAGACCGGCCAGCCACGAGCCGCCGCCGGGACCGGCCUGGCCACUCAGGUCCGUCUGGUGGUGGUGGACCCCGAGGUGGUGUUUGUGGCCAGCCUGCGGCGGGCCGACGCCCCCGCCCUGGUGGCGUCCUUCCAGAGCGACGUGGCGCUGCAGGUCGGCGGCGGCGGCGUCCAGAAGCUGAGAGCCAACCUGAGAGACGUCAAGGUCCUGGCCCGCCGGUUCAUCCAGGACUCGGACCAGGACCCCGCCGCCGUCACCACCGUUCUCAAGCCUUGUUCCGUCCUCCUGGAAGUCAGCGGCGGGGGGGCGGGUUCUCCGCUGCAGGGCUCUCUGAUGGUGGACGACAUCAUCGUGAAGAUUUCUCCGUUCAUCAUCAACACGGUGAUGACCGUAAUGACCGCCAUGAAGGGCGAGCCGAGCGCCGAGCGGGGUCUGGAGCCCCGCCCCCAGGUGGACCUGCUGUGGUCGGUCAUGAACAUCUACGCCUGCGACUUCUGGUUCCUGGGGGUCGACCAGGCCACCGAGGUCACCGAGAGCUUCCGAGAACCCGAGGAGCGCCGGCGGGGCGAGAGCUUCACCGUCGACGUCAAGGUGGUCCAGGUGACCCUGGAGUCCGGUCUGGGCCACCGGACGGUCCCUCUGCUGCUGGCAGAGUCUUCCUUCGACGGGUCGGCCCAGAACUGGUCGUCUCAGCUGCAGCUGAAGGCGCUGCUGACGCUGGAGGUGAAUUACUUUAACGAAGGCCAUGCUGUGUGGGAGCCUCUGAUCGAGCGGGUGGACGGCGGCCGGCGGCGCUGGAACCUGGAGCUGGAGAUGAAGACCAACCCAGUUCACAGCCACAGUCCUGUCCACGGAGACGACUUUGUUGUCCUCCCUGAGCCUCGCACCGCCUUCACCGUCUGCUCCAAAGACACCAUGAACGUCACACUGUCCCAGAGCAGCCUCGGCGUCUUCCACAACCUGGCCGAGGCGUUCUCAGAGGGCACAGCCUCCACCUUCAACCCCUCUCUGAAGGAGGAGCCGCCCUUCACCAUUAGGAACUCUCUGGGCAUUCCUCUCAUUCUGCAGCACAGCGCCACCUUGAGGCCAGUGGGGAGUGUGGCUCAGGGAAAGCUGCAUGAGCUUCCUGUGGAUCAGAGCCUGGACCUGGAGCACUCCACGUUCCAGUCCUCGUACCGAGGCAAGCUGUCCACCCUGCAGCGCCAGGACAGCUGCAUGUUCAGCCUGAGCAUCGUGCCGUCUGGAUUCAGCGAGAUCUCCAACAUCGCGGUGGAGAAGCCGGGCCGGCGCCUCUACAACGUCCGCGGCCCGAUGCUGCAGGAGUCCGUCUCCGUGCUGGUGCAGGUCGACGCCGCCGGCGGCAGCAAGGUCGUCACCGUGCGCUCGCCACUGCAGAUCAAGAACCACUUCUCGGUGCCGUUCGCCGUCCUGAAGUACUGCCCGGCGUCCCGCGGCCUGCAGCCCGUCGGCCUGGCCCAGCCCGACGCCGACUUCCACGUCGCCUUGGAAACAUACAGGUCCCAGCUCUUCGUCCGGCCGGCCGGUCCCCUGGACGGGCAGUACGGGGCGUCCUCCAGCUGCGUCUCCUGGAAGGAGCAGGUGCACCACAGCGCCGAGGUGCGCUCGCUGCUGCAGUGUCCGGCGUCCGGCGCCGGCCUGCUGCCGCUCAUGGUCAGCGUGUCGGCCGUCCCCGACGACCUGCGGCACAUCGCCAGCCACGGCGAGGAGGACUGGGACCCCGCCUAUGUCCUCCACCUGCACCCGGUGGCCACGCUGCGCAACCUGCUGCCCUACGGCGUCCGCUACCUGAUGGAGAGUUCCGCGGACUCCCGGGAGCUGCCGGAGGGCGGCGCGUCCGACCUGCUGAACGCCCGUGUCUCCGGGGAGAUCGUCUCGCUGGUUCUGAUGCGGUACCAGGGCCGAGACUGGCACGGACACGUCCGGCUGGACCCGGACCUGCCCGAGUUCUUCGCUCUGUGCCUGAGCUGCGACUCCGACCGGAACCUGACGGUGGACGUGAGCGUCCACGUCACGAGGACGGGGGGCCGCCUGCUGCUGUCUCUCUUCAGCCCCUACUGGAUCAUCAACAAGACGUCCCGGGUGCUGCAGUACCGCGCGGAGGACACCAGCGUCAAACACCCCGCCGACUUCAGGGACGUGGUCCUGUUCUCCUUCAAGAAGAGGAACCUGUUCAGCAAAAACAAGAUCCAGCUGAGUGUGUCCACCAGCUCCUGGUCUCAGGGUUUCUCUCUGGACACCGUGGGAAGUUACGGAUGUGUCCGAUGUCCCACCGGCAGCAUGGACUUCCUGGUGGGCGUCAGCAUCCAGCUCAGCAGCUUCAACCUGACCCGGAUCGUGUCCCUCAGUCCUUUCUACACGCUGGUCAACAAGUCGUCCUACGAGCUGGAGGUGGGAGAAGUCCUGCAGACGUCCACCAGGUGGCACUACGUCCCCUCCACCGAGUGUCUGCCUCUGUGGCCGGACAGCCCGUCGGGGAGGUUGUGUGUCCGUGUGGUCGGCUCCGACUCCGCCUCCAAACCCUUCUUCUUCAGCCGGCAGGACAACGGCACCCUGCUGAGCCUGGACAUGUGUGGCGGGCUCCUGGUGGACGUCAACGUGUCCGAUCAUUCCACCGUCAUCAGACUGUCGGAUUAUUACGAUGGAGCCGCUCCAGCUCUGCUCAUCAACCACACAGCCUGGACCAGCCUCCGCUACAGCCAGAGCGGCUCAGGAUUCACACACGAGCUGAAGCCCGGCGAGGCUCGGAGGUUCGUGUGGGACGACCCGACCGGACUCCGCACGCUGCAGUGGACCUGCAGGGGGCGCUCCGGGGAGCUGGACUUACUGAAGGACGAGACGGGUCAGUUCACCGAUGACAGCCAGGCUCAGGUCCACUGGGUGUCCUUCCUGGACGGACGCCAGAGGGUCCUGCUGUUCACGGAGGACGUUGCCGUGGUGACGAAGGCUCGCCAGGCCGAGGAGCUUGAACAGUUCCAACAGGAAGUGAAGGUGUCUCUGCAGAACCUGGGACUCUCAUUGGUCCACAACGGCAGCCGGCAGGAGAUCGCAUAUGUCGGCAUCACCAGCUCAGGUGUGGUGUGGGAGAUGAAGCCGAAGAAUCGCUGGAAGCCGUUCAGCCAGAAGAACAUCAGCCUGCUGGAAAAGACGUACCAGAACCAGCUGAGCAGGAAGUCGGAGUCUGGCUGGGUCCAGCUGGAGCCCAACCUGGAGGUGAACCUCGGCGGUGCCAUCAUGAUGAUGCGGCAGCCGCACACCUGCCAGGUGAGGAGGAACUUCCUGCCCGGGAUCCAGGUGGAGUUCAAGCAGUCAAUGCAUCAACGAAGUCUCAGAGCCCAGCUGUACUGGCUGCAGGUUGACAACCAGCUGCCUGGCGCCAUGUUCCCCAUCGUCUUCCACCCGGUCCCUCCUCCAAAGUCCAUCGCUCUGGACUCAGAGCCACGGCCCUUUAUGGACAUGUCGGUCAUCACCAGGUUCAACCAGCACAGCACGGUCACUCAGUUCAAGUACUUCAUGGCUCUGGUCCAGGAGAUGGCAGUGAAGAUCGACCAGGGCUUCUUGGGCUCCGUCUUGGCUCUGUUCACGUCAGCCGCUGGCCCCGAGACAGAUGGGCAGAAGGCGGGGCUGAUCAGAGGGGAUCUGCAGCGGCUGCAGGCCGAGCUGACCGAGGCUUCGCUCAGCGACUCGUCAGGACUCGGCUUCUUCGAACACUUCCACAUCUCUCCCAUCAAGCUCCACCUCAGCCUGUCUCUGGGCUCCAGCGGGGACGACCCUGCUCAGGAGACGGCGGCCAUCCAGUCUCUCAACCUGCUGCUGAAGAGCAUCGGAGCCACGCUGACCGACGUGGACGACCUCGUCUUCAAGCUGGCCUUCUUCGAGCUGAAGUUCCAGUUCUACCGCAGAGACCACCUGAUGUGGGCCGUGGGACGGCACUACAGUGAACAGUUCCUGAAGCAGAUGUACGUCUUGGUUCUGGGCCUGGACGUCCUGGGGAAUCCAUUCGGGCUGAUUCGAGGUCUGUCUGAAGGUGUGGAGGCCUUCUUCUACGAGCCAUUCCAGGGCGCCGUUCAGGGUCCUGAGGAGUUCGCUGAAGGUCUGGUGAUCGGAGUCCGGAGUCUGCUGGGACACACCGUCGGCGGCGCCGCCGGCGUGGUCUCCAGGCUCACCGGCUCGGUGGGGAAAGGACUGGCGGCCAUCACCAUGGACAAGGAGUACCAGCAGAAGCGGCGGGAGGAGAUGAACCGGCCGCCCAGAGACUUCGGAGAAAGUCUGGCUAAAGGAGGGAAGGGCCUGCUGAAGGGCGUCGUCGGAGGCGUCACCGGCAUCGUCACCAAACCAGUGGAGGGAGCGAAGAAGGAGGGGGCAGCAGGCUUCUUUAAGGGCAUCGGGAAGGGGCUGGUGGGCGUGGUGGCCCGGCCCACCGGCGGCAUCGUGGACAUGGCCAGCAGCACCUUCCAGGGCAUCCAGAGGGCGGCGGAGUCCACAGAGGAAGUGACCCGGCUCCGUCCAGUCCGUCUGAUCAGGGAGGACGGCAUCAUCCGCCCCUACGACCUGACGGAGUCCCAGGGCUUCGACCUUUUUCAGCGUUCCCAGAUCAAACAGCUGGAGGGCGAGGCGUUCCGAGACCACUGUCCUCAUCCUGGACACAGGAAGACCACCAUCAUCAUCACCAACAGGAGGGUGUUGUGUGUCAAGGAGAUCGACUUUGUGGGGCAUUUCAACAAAGAGUGGGAAUGUUUGUUCGAGAACUUUUAUCAUCCGCCAUCAGUGACUGGAUCCGUGCUGAAUAUCUACUGCAAGGAGCAGCACAAACUGAUGCUUCCCAAGAAAGGACAGGAGCCAGUGAGGACCGUCCAGCUCCGAGACGCCAGCACCGCCCAGAAGCUGCAGGCGGCCAUCUUUGAAGCGCAGGUGGCGCAGCAGCAGCGACGGAUGGUGCGUCAGAAGUCGCAGCGCUUCCUGAAACUGAGUGGUGACCUUUGACCUCGACGGGAGUCAAACAACUGGACAUGAGUCUGUUUGCUGAAGAACAAAGUGAAUGUCCUCCCGAAGAAAAUUCUAUUUUAUUGUGGUUUGGUUUGUUUGGUGUCCUCUGUGCCGUGUCUCUGUCCUCCUCUGGUCCUCCUCUCUGGGUUUGUUUGUCCUGUUUUUGUUAUUCUGCCCCCUGCUGGAGACACAGAGCUUUUUAUCCUGGAAUCAGAGUCAGACAGAUGCUUUGCUCAGAGGCUUUGAGUCAUCAUGAAGGAAAAUACUAAUAAAGACUUUGGACCGGA